UUUGGUGACGCGGCAUGACGCAAUCAAAAAGCGACAAAACCGAAAAUGUCCUCCAGAAUCCCUUUACGGCAAUUAAUGGGAAUAAACGUUAAAACGUCAAAAUUAUACUUCGGUGUUCAACCAGUAUUUUUGCCUUGUAACAAACAAAUAACCAACAAAUAAUCACAUUUGUAAAAAGAGCAGGGGUUGCCCGUGAAGUAGUUAAAAGUGUACUUUCGGACUACAAGGAUUUGCCUACAUCCGGAUGCAACUUCCAGCAUGUUCAUUCCGAAUGUGCGCCUUCUCACACCAGCACGACGCCUUUCCGGCAAAGAAGUCCCUCAUAUCCCUGAUAUACAUUAUGCGACAUUUGUAAUAUGAACAACAAAAGCCGUCACAUUAAGUCAUGAACCACCAAACACGUUACCUCAUAUUUUUCCAGUACAUUGGGACUAAAUACAGUGGUGUAGUCAAAACACUUCCACAUCAACCCCGAAGACGGGGGGUCCAAGACCACAUAGAGGAUGCAAUAAGAAGACUGAAGCCUCUCAAUCCAGUGUCCCUGUCCAUUUCCAGCAGGACAGACAGCGGCGUUCAUGCGCUGUCUAACUCAGCCCACUUUGAUUUCCAACGCACGAUUGACAAGCCGCCAUUUAGUGAGGACAUCCUGGUUGAUGCCCUCAAUUUCCACCUGAAGGCUGAGCAAAUUAGCAUUACCCGUGCCUAUCGUGUGCCUGAUGAUUUCCACGCCCGUUUUCAAGCGCUCUCUCGGACGUAUGUCUACCGCAUUGCCCCGGGUCUCCCCCGUCCGUCUCAGCUUCCCCUCAUGGAGCGCGACAUGUGCUGGAAUCUCCGCCACAUGGAGCUCGAUGUGGGAGCAAUGAGUGAAGCGGCUGCCACGUUGCUCGGGACUCACGACUUCAGCAGCUUCAGGGCAGUCAACUCUGACAUGCCUUUUAAAAACCCCGUGAAGACCCUGGAUGUCGCCAGGAUACAGCCUGGCAGAGCAUUUGUAUCUGAGCACUUCCACAGAGAGAUUCCAGUCUGGGAGUUGACAUUUCAAAGCAGAUCUUUUCUCUAUAAGCAGGUGCGCAGAAUGACGGGCGCCCUCGUGGCCGUGGGCCAGGGAAGGCUCUCACUAACUAAGCUGAAAGACAUCAUGGAGGCUCGGGACUCUCUGGCUUAUCCACAAAACAUAGUUGCUCCUGCCCGCGGCCUCUUCCUCACCAGAGUGGACUACAGAGAGUCAGAUCUGCUGCUGUCGCCACAAACCUCAACUGGAGACACCCAACGAGUGACACAAAAACUCAUGUGAAUGUUCAUGUAAUAAAUUUUUAAUAUUUAAGACUUUGUUGUCAAUACUGUGUUUUUAUGACACAAAAGACUGCAAACAUGACC